AUGGUAGCGCAAGACUUGUCCGAUGCAGCCCUAGGUGGGCCGAUCGGCAUGGAAGGUCGCCAUUUUAUUGACAAGGAGGGCCGCGUACUUCUAUUGCGUGGUGUCAAUGUAGCGGGAGCCAGCAAAUUACCGAGUGUGCCGCAUGAUGUGCCUACGACGUAUUCACAUCCAGAGGACGUCUCUUUCGUGGACCGCCCCUUCCCCUUGAGUGAGGCUCAUGUGCACUGUCAACGACUAAAGCAAUGGGGUUUGACUUUGAUUCGAUUGCUCGUAACGUGGGAAGCUCUCUCGCAUCAGGGACCGUGUCCUGAGUACCCCAUUGACCAGGACUAUGUCGCCUACCUAGUCCAGUUGCUAGAUAUCUUUCAUCAGCAUGGACUCAAGUGCAUUAUCAAUGCACACCAGGAUGUAUGGAGUCGUUUGUGCGGAGGAAGCGGUGCGCCGGCUUGGACUUUUCGCGCGGCUGGUAUGGAUACUCGAAACCUUGUCGCUGUCGGUGCUGCGCUUGUGCCUGAUGCAGGCGGCAUACCCAUGGCCUGUACACCUCCUAAGGGUAAGAAAGAGCCUACAGGUCCAUUUAAUUGGCCCUCUGGCUACCAAAAGAUGGCCCCCUGUACGAUGAAUACGUUAUUUUGGGCUGGCUCCGUCUUUGCGCCUCAUUUUCGUUUAUUGCGAGAUGGGUAUGGCCGUCCACGGAGCAAGGAGGAUGCCGUGAGCAUUCAGGACUUUCUUCAGGACGCUUAUAUCGCUGCCUAUACCCAACUUGUCCAGGCCUUGGCCGACUGCGCAGCGCUCAUUGGAUUUGAGGUAAUGAAUGAGCCGCAUCGUGGGUACAUUAACUUGCACUCGUUUCAUCAGUGGAACUUUAUGACGGACUUGCACAUAGGGCACUAUCCCUCGGCCAUUCAGGGCCUAGCACUGGCACAGGGAUACCCUCAGCGCGUCCCUUUUUAUGUCAAAUCGUGGCCUGUACCUUCGCGAAUGUCGCAUCUGUCGUAUGUGGACCCGAAAGGCCAUACAGCAUGGCUGGCACGCGCUGAGAAUACGGCGUUCCCUAGCACUCGUACGACGGAUGGAUGUAUCUGGCGCGAACAUGGCGUCUGGGACUGGGACGAAGACAAAAACAAGCCUGUCGUGCUCCAAGCCCACUACUUUGAUUGGGAUCCACGUGCAGGACAGGAGGAACGGCGUGUGGAAUGGUACCGAGACUUUUACGCGCCGUUCAUCCAAAAGAUGGAGGCUAGCCUUCGUCAUGCUAUGCCUUCGCUCUUGGUCCUUGUAGAGCCCAUUCCGAAUGAGUUUAUGCCACGGUGGGAUGGCCAUGCCAAGCCUGUGGCCCAUACGCCCAAGACCAGCAUGCCACUCCCACGACCGAAGCGAUUCGUGUAUGCGCCGCAUUUUUACGACUUGAACGUGCUGUUUUUCAAGUCGUACAAGGGCAUGAGUGUCAAUGUGCAAGGUCUGAGCCGCGGCAUGUUUUUGCCGUUUGCCCUGUAUUUCGGCCAGCGUGGUCUAGCAAAAAAUUAUUUGCGCCAGAUUUCCACGCUUGUUCGGCGUGGCCAAGAAGCGCUGGGUGCGGUGCCGACGCUCAUGAGUGAGGUGGGGAUUCCGUUCGAUGUGAAUGGGUCGCUUCACACGAUGCCAGGCAACUACCGCACUCAGACGCACCUCCUUGAUGCCCUGAUUGCGGCAAUGGAAAAGAACUGGGUUUCGUUCACGUUAUGGAACUACAAUCCAUCCAAUACAGUGGCCCAAGGUGACUUGUGGAACAUGGAGGACUUUUCGAUCAUCAAUUUAGAAGCAGAGGCCCAGGAUCGUGCCAACAGGCACCAGACGGAAGCCGCCUAUGCGGGUGGUCGUGCGUUGGAUGCUAUUGUGCGACCGUAUGCAUGUAAAGUGGCAGGGUUGCCUAUGCGUACAUCCUGGGACCGCCAUUCGUGCCGCUUUCAAUUCAGCUGGAGGAACAAGUAUGAGGCGGAAGGGUCUGUACAAAGCCGAACCACAGAGAUUUACGUGCCUGACUACGUCUUCCGUCACCGCACGCCCACGAUUCGCGUGAGUGACGGCACAUGGCACUAUGAGCCUGCGGACCAGACACUGGUCAUUACUCAUGCCCAUACGCAGCCGGGUGCCAUCCACACCGUCUAUCUAUCUGUGCCGGAGCUCGAGCGGUCCUUUCGUUUCAAGGGUAUCAUGUGGGCUACAGUUCUCCUAGUGCUCCUCCUUGCUUUAUGGAUGCAGCCCCAUAGACUCACUUAA